CACCGAACAUUUCCCCGUUCCCUCUCUCAUCGCCCUCUCUGUUUAAGUAUUUUCUCCUCUACGGCUUUUCCUUUAGAAGCCUACUACUCGGUUCUUCAAUGAUUCCAUGAAUUUCUGGGAAUCGGAGGUUUCUUCACGGAUUCUCAGUCUGGACAUUUCCGCCGCACCUUCCUUUCUUCACCAGUAGCUUCAACGCAAUGAGUGCCGUUAACCUCUGUAACGUGGCUGUAUUGGACAAUCCGGCACCCUUUUUGGCCCCUUUACAGUUCGAAAUAUCAUACGAGUGCGUAACUCCUCUCAAAGACGACUUGGAAUGGAAGCUUAUCUAUGUUGGAUCAGCUGAGGAUGAAACUUAUGACCAACUGCUUGAAAGUGUUCUUGUUGGGCCAGUUAAUGUUGGGAAUUACCGGUUUGUCUUGCAGGCGGAGCCUCCAGAUCCCUCAAAGAUCCGAGAAGAAGAUAUAGUUGGUGUGACUGUCCUGCUGUUGACCUGCUCCUACCUGAACCAGGAAUUUAUAAGAGUAGGGUACUACGUAAACAAUGAGUACAAUGAUGAGAAGCUAAGAGAAGAUCCGCCUCAGAAUGUGCUAAUUGACAGGAUUCAGAGAAGCAUACUAUCAGACAAGCCUAGGGUUACCAAAUUCCCCAUUAACUUCCACCCAGAAAAUAAUAACGAAAGUAGUGACCAAGCCCCCCCUCCUCCACCUUCUGAUGGCCAGGUCACUGGAGCAGAAAAGGAAUGAUGGGCAGUGACAUCAACCGUUUUUUCACCCGUCGCUUUGGUUUAAAUGGUCUCUAAUGAAGCUUUUCAUCCAUCUUGAAAACUUGCUAUUUCAACUUCCUUUUGUCUCUAACACCAAUCUAGUGUCGAGGUGAUGGUGUGGUAUGUUUUGACAAAACUUCAUAUUUUGCUGAACUAAAUGUCUUGGUCUCACUGGCAAGUUUGUUAUGUUAGUAGAUCAUCUGCCCUUCACUUGUCCCUGUUCUUAGAUCCCAUAUUUGCAAAUGGUCUUUCUUUUUUCAUUUUCAGAAAUGCAGAACAUUUGCUAUGUACACCUAAUCAAUAUUGAACAUGUCAUCACUCGGCCUCGUUUUCACACACAUAUAUAUAUCCUUGAUUCCUUGUUUUUUUUAACGAAACUGGCUUAACUUAUCAUAACCAUCCUUGAUUCCUUAUUAAAAUAAUUUCUUAUAUCUUGCGUAUUUAGAAUCAUUAUCCAAUUUAUGGAGUAUAUAUGAGUAUAGUUAAAGAAAAAUACAAGCUACCUUCCUCGUUAGUACUAGCCCUAGCCUUUAGCUCUCCCGCAAAUAGUAGCUGCAAGCCUGCAAUACCUAAAUGUGUCUUCUCGUUGAACCUGCAACCACAUGUUGACGGAUCAGGGGUUGAGGCCUGGCAUUAAAGUUAGGAAAUCUGUCCAGCCAAGCUGGGUGAUUUAAUUACACAUUUAACGGUCAUUUGUCUGGGUUUAUGUAAUUAGCAAAUCUUAAGGUCUUCUUUGUUUGUGAGUUAAUUUUAGUUUCAAAUCUUGAAAUCUUUUCUACUAUAUACGGCUCCUGUUCG